AUGGCAAGAGAUGGAGCUGCCUUCUUUAUCUUCAGACUCUUCCUACUAAAUCAGUUCCUGGGAAAGGUUCUCCGUCCGACAACUUCAUUUCAGGGGAAGACAGUUAUCAUUGCUGGCGCUAGCUCGGGGUUGGGCUUGGAAGCUACCCAGCAUGUAGUCAAACUUGGGGCUACCAAGGUCAUCAUGGCGGUGCGCUCAGUCGCGGGCAGCGAAGCCGCUAAGCGCGCCGUUCAAGAGUCUACAGGCUGCGACGCCGAACUGUCGAGCCAUGCCAAUGUCAAGGCUUUUGCGGCAAGAGCGACAGCCCAGCUGCCCCGGAUCGAUGCCCUGAUCGAGAACGCGGGCAUUGCUACUGCGGAAUGGUCACUGGCUGAGGACAACGAGAGCAUGUUGACGAUCAAUGUGGUCUCGGCCUUUCUUCUGGCCCUCCUCCUGCUGCCCAUCCUGAAGGAGACGGCUGCCAGCUACAACACGAGGCCGAACCUAACAUUAGUCACGAGCGACAUGCGCUAUACAGUCGACUUUAAAGAGAAAGAUGCUCCCGAAGGCAUCUUCAACAGCUUGAACAACGAGAAAAAGGCCGACAUGGCCAACCGCUAUCAAAUCUCAAAGCUGCUUGAGGUCUUUCUCGUGCGGGAAAUGGCUGCCCGGAGGCCUGCAGAUUCGUAUCCGGUCACUACUAACAUGACAAAGUUCGGAUUUUGCGACACUGCACUCGGAGGAAACGAGGCGAGGUCAAUGACUACAUUGGUUAACGAGUUGUGA